UUACGUUAUCAAAACCGCAAAUAUCCACUUGUAAUACACUUACACCAUAAUUCUUUAAAAUUUAACAAUAUGACCACGCUGAAGGAGUUUAACGGCCGUCUUUCUGACAAGCCAUACGUCUCCGGGUUCUUACCCAGCAAAGAGGAUGCCAAAGUUUUCGAAGAGAUGUUCGGAUCUAACGUAAAUGUGGCCCGGUGGGCAGCCCGGAUGGCAUCUUACUAUCAAAGUGAACGUGAUGCGUUGCUCAAAGGUGGGGAAUCUGAGAGCCCGAAGGAUAUGAAGAAGGAAACAAAGGCUGACGACGACGAUAUUGACUUUUUUGGUGAAGAAACUGAAGAGGAUAAGGCAGCACUGGCGGCAAAGAAAGCUAAGGAUGCGGAGAAGAAGAAGGCCAAGCCCGCUGUGAUUGCAAAGUCCUCAAUUUUGUACGACAUCAAAGGUUGGGAUGACACAGUCGACCUCGAAGCGCUUGCACAGAAGCUAAAUGCCAUUCAACGGGAUGGCCUUGUCUGGGGUGAUCACAAGCUUGUGCCUGUUGCUUUUGGUGUUAAGAAAUUGCAGCAGCUCAUUGUGAUUGAGGACGACAAGGUAUCUAGUGAUGACCUGGAGGAGAUGAUCACGUCCUUUGAGAAUGAGGUCCAGUCGAUUGAUAUUGUUGCUUGGAAUAAAAUCUAAACUUUUGAGACUUUUUAAGUGGUGAUGUUUUAAUGAACUUUUUAUUAAAGGUUCUUCUUCUUUGCCAUCCUUGGUUAAAGUUUAUCCCGCAUUUUCCUUUUAUCAUUUUUUCCCCUUAGCAUCAUGAUGAAGAACAAUGAAGAUGAAAUCGGAAAAAAAUGGGAAAAUGCCUUUUGGUAGAGGAGAAUGAAACGAAUAAGGUAUUUCAAAUAAUAAAGGAAAAUGAUAUUAAAUGGACAAACCUAGAUAGGAAGUGGAAAAAUUGGAUCUGUUGAGUUCGUAA